ACUCGGAAUCACACCACCUCCGAAUCUGAAUCCGAGUCCCUAUAUCUAUCCCUAGAUACCCUCGACACAAACGAUCCGCUCUUCCACGUCUGCUGGCGCCGCCAGUCAUGUUCGUAUUGUCUGGCCGGCGAUGUUGCCUGCAGCUGGUGUGCAACUUCCUCAGCCUGCGUGCCCAAUGCCGCACGCUUACCGAUCCUAGCCCCCAUCCGCAAUGCCCAGAUCUGUCCACUCGGCUCCAAGGAGCGGUGGGAACUUAGGACAAUGCCAUUUGGCUGUAAUGUUAGUACUUUGACGUUUCUGUCUGUUGUAGGGACGGUGGUGGGGCUGGUGGGAUUGGUUGGUAUGGGGGUUGUUGGGUUUUGCUUGGUGAGAUCGGUACGUCGAAGAUGGAAGGAGUCUGAUUAUGAGCGACUGGAUGGUCGGGGGUUUCUGGAUAUUGGUCUGCUUGCUUCGGUGUCAGGACUUAUAUUUGGGCGGCGGGAUGAGAGGGUGUCACGGGCUUCUGGAGUGGAUGGAGGGGGAGGGGGAAGGGGAAGGGGAAAGGGAAGAAGGGCUGGAUGA